GCACUCAACUCACUGGUUCUGGACUGCCUGGCUGACAGAACCAGAACCAAAUCCAGACAGAACCUCUGGUGGUUCUGCUUGUCUACCAGUCAGGUCAGAGGUCAAAGGGCAACAAAUAAGUAAAUCUAAAGAAACGCGACUCGGUAAAUAAUGAAGAUUGGUGUUCAGGAAAACUCUCAGAGUGAGACCUUUGUCUGAAUGGAACAUCUAUUUACCUCCAGAACCCAUUUCCAUCAGAACCAGCUCAGCUGUGGUCCAGAUCCGGACCGGACCGGAUCUGGACCUUUAGUCAAUGCUUCAAGGUUCCAACUUCUCAUUCAACAUUUGGUUCACCGGGUCACCGGAUCUGGAAGCGGGUCGUCAGAACUGAGGGAAGCAUGGAAACCGGUCUGCUGCUGCUGGUACCGGUUCUGUUGGGAUCAGCCUUCGUGGAGGAGCUGGACGACACCUUCAUGGAAACUACAGAACCAGAGGAGAUCUGGCUCAUCCAGUUUUACGCCCCCUGGUGUUCCUUCUGCAAACAGCUGGAUCCUGUCUGGCACCAGAUCGGAUCAGAACUUCGGAGUCUCGGCUCUCCGGUUCGCGUUGGAAAAUCCGACGCUACAGUCAGCACUGGUUUGGCCAAAGAGUUCAAGAUCCGAAAUUAUCCCGCCAUCCUCAUGCUGAAGAACAACGUCAAGUUUAACUACCCCGGGUCCAGAACCAAGGAGUCAAUCAUGGAUUUUGCUGACCGGGUCUCAGGGCCGCCGGUUCGUUCCCUAAGCAGCACACACCUCUUCCAACACGCCAUCAGCCACCGUGACGUUCUGGUCAUUUAUGUGGGAGCAACAUCAGAGCUCAAGGGAAAUCUGACGGCUGCAGCAGAGGAACUAAUUGUCCACACCUACUUCUUCUCCGCCAGCAGAGAGAUCCUGCCACAGGAAGUGACUCUGCCGUCUCUGCCAGCUGUGCUGCUUUUUAAAGACGGGACGUACUUCAUUUAUGAUGAGGAACAGGAUGGAGACCUGAAGUCCUGGAUCAAAAGAGAACGCUUCCCCAACUUCUUUCUGAUUGAUGGCUACACCCUGUAUGCUAUGGGGGAAUCAGGUAAACUGGUCUUACUGGCUCUGCUGGAGGAGAGACACCUGUGUGAAGAAAACCUAAGGUAUAAGCAUCUGGUGGAGAAGGUGGCCACAGAGCACAAGGACACCUAUAGCAGGAAGUUCUACUUUGGUUUCAUGGAGGACAGCAGCUACAUCGACGGACUCAUCAUGGGAGAGGCCCUUGUUCCCUCCUUGAUGGUGGUCAACCUGUCCAACGAUGGCUACUUCCUGCCGCCAGCACCUAUAGAGACUGAGCUGCAGUUGCUGGACUUCCUGGAUGGCGUGCUGGACGGCAGUGUUGAGGCUCUGGGGGGAAACGGCUUCACUCAGCGCGUCCGACGCUUCCUUUACGAGACCAGAAUGACUCUAAUGCCGGUGUUCAGGGACGCCCCGGUGCUCGGCUGCUUCCUGAUCGGCUUCCCGCUCGCAGUCGGCUGCGUCUUCUGCUACCUCUGCAUCAAGAACCGACCCGGUUCUGCUGAUGACGACGAAGACACUCCUCUACUGGCACCGUCGAUGCAACGCAAGAAGAAACUGACAGAGAAAAAGUCCGACUGAGCGGACAUAGAGGAACUAGACUUUAGGUCCAGAAAUGGUUCUGGUUUCACCCAGAUGUACUUUCAAACAGGAACUUUCAUUAGUCAGCUCAGUUGUGUCUGUUUUAAUGCCAAUUAAAAACACAAGUCAGUGAAA